CUAAACUCCUGCAGAAUGUGUUGAGUAAAAUAUUUCAAGAUAGGCAUCAGUUUUUAUUUCGUUCUUGUAAAUUACGUUUUGUAUCUACGUUGUUAAAGAGCAUUUCAUAACGACGUCAAACAACAGCAGCCAUACAGGAUGCAAACUUCGAUGUCAUAUGCAGUAUUUCUUGAGCCGCGAGGGUUCAUCAAGGUGCUGGAGUUUGUUUUCGUGAUCUGCGCAUUUGCGUGCGCUUGCGACUUCAAAGGUGACGUCGUGCUCAAAGUCAAGUGUUCAUCAGACAUCAACGUCUCCAAUACAACGUCAACAACUACGGUUGGAACAACAUCAACAACUACGGUCGAUUCAUCAUCAACAACUACGGUUGAUUCAUCAUCAACAACUACGGUUGAGUCAACAUCAACAACUACGGUUGAGUCAACAUCAACUACACCCAUCCCAGAGAUCCUGUACACGGCAGAGUUCAAGUACCCAUUCAAGUUGUAUAAAUCAGAAUCGAAUAGCGCCAUCUCAUGCAACGGCACAGAAGAAACCAUGACGCUGGAAGGUGACUAUUCAUCGACCGCCUGCUUCUAUGUCUUCGUCGGUGUGUUCUCCUUCCUCUUUACCAUCUUCGCUGUGGUGGUGUACGUUUUCUUCCAGCCUACAUACGAGUUCAUGGAGUGGAUACCUAUCACUGACACUGUGGUGCACGGAGUGCUCACCGUCUUCUGGUUCGGCGCCUCUAUUGCCUGGGCUUCCGCCCUCACCGGCAUAAAGAAACACACGAAGACGGAUCUCGUCGCCGAGGAAAAUCCUGACAUUUGCCUAGAAGCUUUGUCCUGUACGGUGGACAAAAUUGAGUACCAGCUGCUGGAUUUUUCUGUGAUUUUUGGCUUCUUGAACGUGUUGCUUUUCGGCCUGAACGUUUGGUUCGUCUUCAAAGAAACAAAAUUCUUCGGGAAGGCUACACCCCCGAGCACACAGGCUACUUAAUUGUGGGUCUUCGGGCUAAAAGUGACCGAACUGAGGUGAAUUUCACCAACAAAAGUGAACCUACAGUCAACAGCAGAGUUAUUCAUUAAUUUCGUAAUUACAACAGAGCUGAUAAUGGCAAGCAUACCGUAAAUGUCAACAGGAAAUUCAAGUCAAUAACCAUUCAUGAUAUCUCAUUUUUUUCCAGUUUGAGAAUUAUCUUCCUCAGUAUGCCCACUUAUUUUUCCUGAAGCACAAUUUGAGGCAUUUGAUCCAUGCUUGCUGCAGCAAAAAAUUAUGAGUGAGUGAGCUGAAGUAGUUUGAUUAUUAAUAAGACCAAAACGGGAUUUAGGUUAGAAGAAUUUUAGCAUAUAAUGACUCACAUAAAAAGCGCUUCUUUGAUGCGGCUAAUGUAAUAUUCUGAUUAAGUAGUAAAUUCCUCAAUACUAAUAACAUGAAGUGAAUUCCGAAUCAGCGUUUUUAGUAUCACGUAAUGCGCGUGAUGAUCGCAUAAAAUUUUUUAAAAUUUAAUUGAUUCUUCUUUAUGUAGUUAUAAAUAUGAUGAUACUUUUGAUUUUUCUUACUUUUUUUGCAUGCAAAUAUUUUGAGUUAGAAUUUCGAUUCUCGAAAUUAGAAAAGUUUGAAUCGUAACUCCUGUGUUUAUUUCGUCUAGCAACCAUCAAACUAUGACAACACAUCUAAGAAUUUCUUUGAUUUAAAAGAGAGUAUAGAAUUUUGGGAUCUAUCAUGAUUUCUGGCGAUUUGAGAAACAGGAAAAAGAUCUGAGGAUGGGUUUUUGUUCCAGUUUUUUUUAUUGCAGCAAAAUAUAAUGCGUAUAUUUUCAAGAAAUCAUAGAACAAAUCUGCCGCCUUCAUUUGUGAUAUAAAAUCCGAAAUUAUAUAUUUCUUAGAGCGAUUAAAUGGAAUUCUCUUUCCAAUACCAAUUGAGUUUUGAUCUUCGUGUGAAUAUUUGUACAUGUAAGCCAUGGAAAUUUGAAGUAAUGUGGUUUGUGAUGAAAUUCAUCUAACACAUUCGGUCGGUUUAUUUUGAGAUGCAAAAAAUUUACUUUGUGACUGCAGAUGUUUCCAUACAAAGAGAAUAUGCGACAAAUUAUUCAUCACAUCCCAUUAAAGGAAUAUAUUUAUUUUUAUUGCUUGUGUGUAUGUGUGCUUUAGUGACUAUAUUCAUUACAGUUUGACUUUAUUCAUAUCACAUCAUAUUCAUAAAAGAUGCAGUUAACAUCGUAGUAUUUGUUCUGAAUGUUUCAUUGACAAGCCAGACCAUUCUAACAUUCAUGACGAAAUAAUUAGAUCAAAUCACAACAAAAAGACAUUUACUACCGAUAAAGUGUCAAAUAAAUACGCAAACUGAUCGAUAUCUCAGGUUGGUUUCAACAAGCUGUGACCUCCCGAGCUCCUAAGAUGGCUUCAUAUUGUCUAGUAAUCUCAGCUUUAUUCAAAACAAAUGUUUUAGCUCAUAAACUUCCUUUCCUGAAGUAUCUCAUGAGAACAGUUUCCCAUUCUGUACUUGAAUCAAAAAUUUUUUUUAUCGAGUAAGCUUUUUUUGAAAGGAAUGCCAGUUUUUUGAGAAAUGAUUUUAGCUGAUAUCUUAAGCUAAUUGUUCUCUUCUGACAAAUAAUGUAGUAUUUCUCUAUAAGUAAAUUAAUUCCGACUCUGCAAACAUAAUUUAUUUUCUGCAGCAAAUGUCACAAGAAAACAGUCGCAUAUGUGACCAUCAAGUGUGUGUAGUAGAGUUGUUGUAGUCAUCAUACAAUAAGCGUUCUAGAUUUGAUGGUGACGACACUUUAAUUAUUUAUAUUUUUGGGUGUUUCUGUGUGCGGUUUAUUUGACCCAGUAUUAAAUAAAUGUUUCUCAAUAUUCAUGA